CUGAUAAUUCCCGGGGAAGAAGAUCGAAGAUUUUUGUUUUUGGUUUCAUAUUCCGGCGGGGUCCUCAAAAUGGGCACAGCUUUGUACUACUUUUUAAAGAUUUUGUCCAUUCAAAUUACCUUUUUGUUUAGGCUUUAACUAACUCUCUCGCUCCUUCUUCCCUUUCCAACGGUCGCCCACCCUGCAAUUCUUCAACUACCGCCACUCCUCAUCUUCUUCAAUUCUCCGCUUCUCCGGAUACUUGAUGAUUUCGUCUUAGUAUCUCUGGAUACACACAGGGAUAAAAGAUGACGGUGCUGAAUCUUAAACCGUUGCCGUUUCUGGUUUGGAGCAGCUCCUAUGAUGGAAAACAUGCAUGUCAGGACCUCAAGAUGAAAUGGCAGCUAAAUUCCUGGGGUUCGAGAAGCCGGAAAUUCCGAGUUUUCUGCGACUCAACUUUGAAGGAAAUGCAAAUAAGGAAGUGUUCUCCUGUUUUGGAGCACAUGUUGUUGUCAGGCAAUGGAUUGUUGACAUCUUCAGAAUGGAAAACAGUUCCUGAUAUCUGGAAGACGGCAGCAGAGAAGUUUGGCAAUAGUGUAGCAUUAGUGGACCCAUACCAUAAUCCUCCAACUAAUAUGAGCUAUAAGCAGCUUGAGAAGGAAAUUGUGAGCUUUGCUGAAGGUCUAAGAGUUGUUGGCUUAAAACCAGAUGAAAAGAUCGCACUAUUUGCUGACAAUUCAUGCCGGUGGCUUGUUGCAGAUCAAGGUAUAAUGACCACUGGAGCAAUCAAUGUGGUGCGGGGUUCAAGGUCAUCAGUUGAAGAGCUUUUGCAAAUAUACAACCAUUCUGAUAGUGUUGCUCUUGCUGUCGACAAUCCUGAACUGUACAGCCAAAUUGCAGAAAGCUUCCAGUCCCGAGCAAAUGUAAGAUUUGUCAUCUUACUUUGGGGAGAGAAAUCAAGUAUCACGAGUAAAGUAACAGAUGGACUUCCCAUAUAUAGUUAUACAGAGAUCUUAGAUUUGGGGAAUGAGAGUCAUAUGGCAUUAAUUCAUCCACAAGAAGCCAGGCAUCAAUACGUAUAUGAACCAAUCAACUCUGAUGAUGUAGCUACACUUGUUUAUACUAGUGGCACUACUGGCAAUCCGAAAGGUGUAAUGCUUACACAUAAAAAUCUGCUUCACCAGGUUAUGAGUUUCUCGGAUCCUGUACCUGUUAAACCUGGGGAUAGAUUCCUGAGCAUACUUCCUCCUUGGCAUGUGUAUGAACGUGCAUGUGAAUAUUUCAUACUCACAUCUGGAAGUGAGCAAAUAUACACUACCGUAAAAAACUUGAAGGUAGAUUUGAAAUGCUAUCAGCCACAUUACCUUGUAUCAGUUCCUUUGGUAUUUGAAACGUUAUACAGUGGAAUUCUGAAGCAGAUUAACACGAGCAGCACUCCUCGAAAGCUCAUUGCCUUACUAUUUCUAAGGAUCAGUUUGGUAUACAAGGAGGCCAAGAGAAUAUAUGAGGGGAAAUGCUUAACAAAAGAUCCAAAACAGCCUUCUUACAUUGUUUCAGUUUUGGACUGGUUAUGGGCCAGAGCCAUUGCUGCUCUAUUGUGGCCAUUGCACAGGUUGGCGAAGAAAUUAGUGUACAGUAAAAUUCAUUCAAACAUUGGCAUUUCUAAGGCUGGAAUAAAUGGAGGUGGUAGUCUUUCUCCACAUGUUGACAAGUUCUUUGAGGCAAUUGGCAUAACAGUUCAAAAUGGAUACGGUUUAACAGAGUCAUCUCCUGUUGUUUCUUGUCGGCAGCCCAACUAUAAUAUCCUUGGCUCAGUUGGGCAUCCCAUUCAGUACACAGAAAUAAAAGUUGUAGACGAUGAAACAGGUGAGGUCCUCUCACCUGGUUCAAAAGGCCUUGUCAAAGUCAAGGGACCACAAGUGAUGAAGGGCUACUACAAGAAUCCAAUGGCUACAAAGCAAGCUAUUGAUGAGAAUGGAUGGCUAAAUACGGGUGAUCUUGGUUGGAUUGUUCCUCAUCAUUCAGUUGGGCGAUCUCGCAAUUCUUCCGGUGUUAUCGUCCUUGAAGGUCGUGCCAAGGAUACCAUCGUGCUUUCAUCAGGCGAAAACGUGGAACCAUCUGAGAUUGAAGAAGCUGCAAUGGGUAGCAAUUUGAUUCAACAGAUUGUUGUCAUUGGUCAGGACAAACGGCGUCUUGGAGCUAUCGUUGUACCACGCAAAGAGGAGGUACUUUUCGCUGCCAAACAAUUGUCUGUUAUCGACUCUAAUGCCACAGAAGUUAGCGAGGAGAAAACCGUUACCAUAUUACAUGAAGAACUUAGAAAAUGGACAGCAGGUUGCAUGUUUCAAGUCGGGCCUAUCCUCAUCGUUGAUGAGCCUUUUACGAUUGAUAACGGUUUGUUGACUCCAACCAUGAAAGUCAAGAGAGACAGAGUAGCAGAUUUAUACAAAGAGCAAAUAGACAAUCUAUACAAGUGACUUUUCCAAUCUUCUAGAAUAUCAAUUUGUAAUUGUGAAUUGAGCUAGAUAUUAGUGAGAAGACUCUUUAGAUGAAGAGAGACAAAUAGCAGAUAUAUACAAAGAGCAAAUAGACAAUCUAUAUAGCUGACUUUACAUUAAAAGCAUUAGUAUUUGAUAGA